AUGUCCCUGGAGGACAUAGAACAACAAGACUAUGAUGUUUCUGACACAGAGAGUCAGUGGUUAGAUUCUGCCAUUGGGACUGCUCUGAUGUUGUUUCCAUUCUCUCCUGCUUAUGACCAUAGAGCCUUGUCCCAGUCUCUAGACCUGCCUGUCUGUGUGGUGGAUGACCACCUGACCUCUGAAGCUGUCAAUGAGAUGGAGCAGAGCAAUUGUACCAGGAGCAGAGCAACCUCAGUGAUGGAAACCACAGAAGAGGGAAAGCUCAACAAUGUGGAACAUCUGACACUUAUGGACUUCCUUCAAAACCUAACUGAGAAGCAAUGGAGGGGGAUUCGUGAGGGCAUGUUUGACCCGCUGACAAAACAACAGCUUGCCGGCUUUUGUCUGAGGAUUGUCCAGUUUUUAUCGGACAAGCUGAUGCAGAUCAUCAUCCCAGGUCUUUACGAACUACUGGGCAUCCAAGAUACUGCCUCCUCUCCAUUGUCACAGAGAUCUGUCACAGCGUCACUCACCAGUCUGUUAGACGAUAAGACUAACACCAAGUCCCGCGUGAGAUUUACUGAGGCUGGUGUACCUAAGAGGCCAGGCAGUCGAAAGUCUUACAAUAGCUUUCGCAUCCCGACUCCCUACCCUUCCUCCAACUGUAUGGAGCAGGAAGAGGAAGAAGAACAGGAAUCACAACUUAAGUUCAAGGAGAUUUACCUGACUAAGGGCAGUCUGGGCAGUGGAAGCUACCUGCCCAAGGGGGCCAUGAGGACUCUAACCUCUCUGUCUGAUGUGCAGAAGAAAACAACCAACUCUGAGACGCUACAAGUCCUCUUAGGUGUCUCAGAGGACAGACACCCUUGUCACCUGUGUGCAGGACAGCCUGCAAGGUUCUCUCUCCAAACUUGCAUGCAUGUCCAAUUCUCCAUCUGGAAGUGCAGGCUCUAUGAUGCUAACCCCUGCUGUAAUGGCAGAGUUGGCUAA